UGGACGGGGAGGGGAGAACGCCAUUUUCAUUGGGGCGCAGACAGAAGCGGAUACCGGGCACCGACAGCAGGAGAAGGAGAAUGAGCGCUGGAUCCCCGGCUGUUCGCUAGGAAGGGUCUGGGAUUCCCGGCCUGCGUCACGUGACUGCUGGGUGCGGCUUCCCGACAUCCUCUCGAUUCCAUCAUUAUCUCUGUGAGGGCAGCUGCGGGCGGCACUGACAGGAACCACAGAACGAAUGUAUGACAACAUGUCCACAAUGGUGUACCUUAAGGAAGAAAAGUUGGAGAAACUCACUCAGGAUGAGAUUAUUUCUAAGACCAAGCAAGUCAUCCAAGGACUGGAUGCAUUGAAAAAUGAACACAAUUCCAUUCUACAUAGUUUAUUGGAAACAAUGAAGUGUUUAAAGAAAGAUGAUGAGAGCAACUUGGUGGAAGAGAAAUCCAGCAUGAUCCGCAAAUCUCUGGAAAUGUUGGAACUCGGGCUGAGUGAGGCACAGGUAAUGAUGGCUUUGUCAAACCACUUGAAUGCAGUUGAGUCCGAGAAGCAGAAGUUGAGAGCACAAGUCCGCCGACUUUGCCAGGAAAACCAGUGGCUGCGUGAUGAGUUGGCUAACACCCAGCAGAAGUUGCAGAGGAGUGAACAGUCUGUGGCCCAACUGGAGGAAGAGAAAAAACAUUUAGAAUUUAUGAAUCAGCUGAAAAAAUAUGAUGAUGAUAUUUCCCCAUCGGAUGAUAAAGAUAGUGACUCCUCCAAGGAACCUCUGGAUGAUCUGUUCCCAAAUGAUGAUGAUGAUCAAGGCCAAGGCAUACAACAGCAGCACAGCAGUGCAGCAGCUGCUGCCCAGCAAGGUGGUUAUGAAAUCCCUGCAAGAUUAAGGACUCUACACAAUCUGGUUAUUCAGUAUGCUUCACAGGGAAGGUAUGAAGUUGCUGUACCCCUCUGCAAACAAGCUCUUGAAGACCUGGAGAAGACCUCUGGACAUGAUCACCCAGAUGUGGCCACAAUGCUUAAUAUACUGGCUUUGGUCUAUAGGGAUCAGAAUAAGUACAAAGAUGCUGCAAACCUAUUAAAUGAUGCCUUGGCUAUCCGUGAAAAGACUUUGGGCAAAGACCACCCAGCGGUUGCAGCCACGCUCAACAACCUUGCAGUUCUUUAUGGGAAACGAGGAAAAUACCGGGAGGCGGAACCAUUGUGCAAAAGGGCUCUUGAAAUCCGGGAAAAGGUGCUCGGGAAGGACCACCCAGACGUAGCCAAGCAGUUAAACAAUUUGGCCUUGUUGUGCCAAAACCAGGGCAAGUAUGAAGAGGUGGAAUAUUACUAUCAGAGAGCACUGGAGAUUUAUCAAACCAAACUAGGACCCGAUGAUCCAAAUGUGGCUAAAACAAAGAACAACUUGGCUUCUUGCUAUCUAAAACAAGGCAAGUUUAAGCAAGCUGAGACCCUGUACAAGGAAAUUCUUACACGGGCACACGAAAGGGAGUUUGGUUCCGUUGAUGAUGAAAACAAGCCAAUCUGGAUGCAUGCUGAAGAACGAGAAAAAUUCAAAGGAAAGCAAAAGGAUGGCACGUUUGGAGAGUAUGGAAGCUGGUAUAAAGCAUGCAAAGUGGAUAGCCCAACAGUGACGACAACCCUGAAAAACCUUGGAGCACUUUAUAGACGUCAAGGCAAGUUUGAAGCUGCAGACACCUUGGAAGAAGCAGCAAUGAGGUCCCGAAAGCAGGCACUAGACAAUGCCCACAAACAGAGGGUGGCAGAAGUAUUAAAUGACCCAGAGAGCAUUGAAAAGAGGAGAAGCCGAGAAAGCCUGGAUGUGGUAAAGUACGAGAGUGGUCCUGACGGAGGGGACGAAGUGAGUAUGAGCGUAGAAUGGAAUGGGGAUGGCACUGGAUCUCUAAAGCGCAGUGGUUCCUUUAGUAAACUUCGAGCUUCUAUUCGGCGAAGCAGUGAGAAACUGGUUAGAAAGCUAAAAGGAGGAAGUACACGCGAGGGUGAAGCAAAGAAUCCUGGCAUGAAGCGUGCCAGUUCUCUGAAUGUUCUUAACACGGGCGGCAAUGCUGCUGAAGAUCACAUGCAAGAUACUGAAAAGUGUAGCAAACCAGUGUGAGCUUUCAUUCUACCAUAGAGGAACGAAAUAAUUGUCUGACCGAGUCGAGAGGGCUGAGUGCCAGUCACACUGACUUAGCUCAUUAAGGUUCAUGCGAAUAAGCUAGCCAACAUUCCCUCGAUUAAAGCCGCACUGAGAUACCCUAAGCUUUGCCUCAUCCUCUUGUAUAAGAAGCAUCUAUGGGAUUCGCUGGUGGACUUUUUUACUUUUAUAAGAAGAGGAAUCCAAUGAGAGCAAUUUUUUUAAAGGAACGGUUUAUUUAUAGGUCUGUAUGUAUGUAAAUUGCUUUUUGCUACAUUUGUAGAGUUAUAUUGUGAAUAACUGGGCUACUGUUACAGAAGCUGAAGUAUUCUUUCCAUUUACAUGAAACCCUCCUCCAGCUACGUACCAGCAGAAUGUAUGAGGUCAAUGUGUAUAAAAACAUCUAUAUACUGUA